UCCGGUCAGCCAUCGCGACUGAAAGUGAACACAUUUCACUGCAUCAUGGGCAAAAUCAUGAAAUCCGGUAAGAUGGUACUCGUCCUCGGUGGACGGUACGCCGGUCGCAAGGCCAUAAUCCUUAAGACGUUCGAUGACGGAACUACGGAUAAGCAGUUUGGGCAUGCCCUCGUUGCUGGUAUUGACCGUUACCCUCGCCGAGUGACCCGUCAGAUGAGCAAGGCCCGUCUUCACAAGCGGUCAAAGAUAAAGCCAUUCAUUAAGAUGUUGAAUUACAACCACCUGAUGCCCACACGUUACAGCAGGAAGAAUGAGUAUGGAAAAGAAUACUUGUAA